GUUUUUCAGGUCUCUUCUCCUGGCAUCCCGCCUGCAUGACCUUUGGAUUCUGCUUCUGUGUGACAGAGGCCAUCCUCAUCUUCUCUCCAGACAGCUCCCCUUUCUUCCUUUGCUCCUUCAAAGCCAAGGUGCGGAUCCACUGGAUCCUGCAGGUUCUGGCCACUCUGGCCUCCUCCACCGGCCUGGUCUUUAUCUUUGCCAGCAAGAACGUCUCUGAGCUGCCUCACCUGACCUCGUGGCACAGCCUGCUGGGAGUGGGGACGAUGGUGGCUGUGUGUGGGCAGAUGGCAUGUGGAAUUCUGCUCCUGUUCCCACAGUUGAUCAACACCUACUCAGUGACGCGUUUGAGGCUUUACCACGCCACUUGUGGGUUGGUGGCUUACCUCAUGGCUACAGCUACGGUGAUCUCAGGGAUGUGCUCGAACUGGUUCCAGGCUCAGAUUGGUGGUGUUCUGUGGUACCUGUGUGUGAUGCUGCCCCUCGUGCCCGCCCUAGUGGUCAUGCACCAAAUUAACAACGCUUUCCUCUCCAAGAAGAAAAUAGAGAUCUAGCACCGUGGCGGUGGGUCAGUGAUGGCCAGGAGCUAUUUGCACGCAGUGGUUGUACGAGCUAAGCCUAGGGUGGAGCUGACGGCUGGCUGGGACUUUAGCCUCUUCACCUGGUCAACGAGUAUCAGUGUGAAAUCGAUUUCCGAGUUUGAAGUGGAGCUGAAGAAUUUGGAAGAUGUUUCUUAUUCCUGCUGUGUUGUGCUCCCAUCACAAGGGGGUGUCCAUGAACAAUGUUGCCUCGACCCAUCUUUUGAGGGGAGAUCUCUUUGCCUCUCCCUGUUGGCUGCUCUGAGAUGGGAAGUUGCCUCUGAUCACAGUGACGGAGAUUCUUAGUAACCUUGUGAAUGUUUAUAUCUAACCGGUAUUCCUCGCGGUACAAAGGGAACUAAUCAAGCACGUGUAGAAAUAGUCCAUGUUUGUCCAAGUGUGUAAUGGUGUUUGUGAAACAAUUAUGGCAGCAUCUUUAUCUAACUGUUCUAUUUGGGGUUAUAGAUGCAUGUACUGCGAUUUCCCCCACACAGUACAUUGAGUCCUGUGCGAUCAGGGGGGAGUGCAGAGAAGACCCUCAGUUGCUUUUAUGAGUGGGGACAAUAGAGCCUCUCUGUAAUCUCUCAGCCUCGCUGGGGGACGGAGGAAGAGAAAACGAGGUCCUUAUGUCCUCACAAGUAGCAGCAACAGCAGAGCUGUGGAAUCGGGAACUGGUCCAAUCCAGAGCCCUCCUGAGAGUACAGUACAGUAACACACAGCAUAUCUGUUGUUAAACCCACAUUAGGUACCUGUUUUGCCACCUGUUUUUUAAAAUGAAAAUGGGAGAUAUUUUAAUUACUUUAUUUGGAUGAUUCCGAAUCACUUGUGGUAAAUGAGCAUAGAGAUUUUAGGUCAUUUUAAUCAAGUUUUCUGAUUAGCUGUAUCAAAAGCUUUGUUGCUGAGCAAGUCAGCUCUGUCCUGUCCUUGUGAAUAAUACCUGCUGAAUCUUGUGUGUGACUGGGACGCUGCCUCGCGUGAGGGGCGCUAGAUAAAUGCAAGUCCUUGUGUGUGAUUGGGAAUAGCUAAAAAUGUGGUGAAACGUGAUCUUUACUGUAAGGAGGUGUUUUAUACUUUGUUUUUAAUUUGGUUAGUGAACUUGGUUUGUGUGGGGUGGGGGAGCGUAUAUAGUGAUUACAGUGUGAGGGGACAUGUACGUGUGGUGUGUGUGCGGGGGGGAGGGACGAGUAUAUAGUCCAGCUAGUGUGUGGGGGGGAGUUUACAGUGUGUGUGGGGAUAUUUAAAGUUGG